AUGCCUGUCGAACUUCGUAAGCGCAAAGCGCCUGCUGCCCCUCCCCCUCCUCCUGUGAAGAGAAAGGCCACUGGAAAGACCGGGAAAGCCGCCAAGGUGAAGGAGGCUGCUGCCAAGGUCGCGGAGAAGGAGGAAAAGCCUAAGAAGGCUGAGGAGCCCAAGGAGGAGCCCAAGGAGGAGCCCAAGGAGGAAGCUAAGGAAGAAGAGAAGUCUGAGGAGGAUCCAAAGACUAAGGAGCCCAAGGCCAAGAAGUCAGGAGGCAAGCUCGAGGUUGGCGACGUUGUGGACCUUGAUGAUUUUGGAGGCGAAAUUGAGACCAACGAUGGCGACAAGACUACCUUGAAGAAGCUCGUUGAUGAGAGCAAGUCCGGCGUCGUUCUCUUCACCUACCCCAAGGCAUCCACUCCCGGCUGCACAAAGCAGGUCUGCUUCUUCCGCGACUCAUACGAGCCUCUCAUCAAGGACGGCCUGGCUAUCUACGGUCUCAGCACCGACUCUCCCAAGGCCAACACGACCUUCAAGGAGAAGCAAAAGCUUCCUUACCCACUACUGUGUGACCCCAAUGCUACCCUCAUCGGCGCCAUCGGUCUCAAGAAGGCUCCCAAGGGAACGACGCGUGGUGUCUUUGUGAUUAGCAAGGAGGGCAAGGUCCUCGUUGCUGAGGCGGGAAGCCCACAGGGUACUCUUAACCGUGUGCAGGCUCUCGUUGAUGAGUUGGCUAGCAAGUAA